AUGGAGCGCCCGCCCGCCCGCUCGCCCCCGGGGCGGGGGGCCAGGGCUCCGGGGCGCGUGGCCGCGGGCUGCGCGAGCCCCCCUCGGACCCGAGGCCCGCUCGCGGGAGCGCGCCGCCCGCCCGCCCGGCCCGCCCGCCCGCCGCCUCCCAGGCCCGGGUCCCGGGGAGGAGGCCCCGGGGAAGUGGUGUCAAGUGCGUCAGCGAAGCCUUUCGAAGCCGAGGAGAGCUUUCCCAGGAACGGAGCGCCUCGUGCCGAAAGCCGCGCUUUCGCUGCUCUUAGCAAGCUUCAAAAAACACUGGGGAGGUCGUUUCCCUCGCAGCUCCGCCAUCUGCUGUGUGGACUGAGUCAGCGUGAGGUAAAAUCUGCAGCCACGCGCUCCUCUCGGAGGCUGCGUGCUUCCCGGUCCCCUGGCGGCCCCAGCCGGGCUCCUCGGGAGGAGAAGGCUCGGGGUGUCGAGGGGGCCGCGGCGGGGCGGAGCGGAGGCGAGUUUGGGCCCCGGGAGGUCCCGCCCCAGGCCGCUCUCCCGGAGGACCCAGAGGCCUGGCGACCCCUCCCCGCCCGCUCAGCCCCCUCCAAGGCGUGUUUCCACCCGAGGGCAGAGCAGAGCGCGUCACCCCGGGCUUCCUUCGUCCGCUUCCCGCCCCUGGCCACCCGCGCCGCGCGUCCUGCGGGGCUCCGGCCUCUUUGCCCGCUUGCACAGGCCGUCGAGGGCUGCUGCUGCUGCUGCUGCUGCUGGGCCCUGCAGGCGCCGCCGCCCCAGGCCUAA